CAGUGAACACAUGCGAGAUAGGCGCUGCGGGUUACGCGCGCGAAUCAGAAUCCCAAGUCGGAUCCAAAUUCAAAUUCGAUAACAAAAACCAGUUGAUAUAGAUCGUGUUUUUAGAAACACGUGUCGCAAGUGACAUCUGCAUCUACACCAGUGUGUAAAAUUGUGUGUGACUUAUCAUUUACAGUGAGAAUGCAAAAAAGCGUAAUGCAACUAUAAUAGUGCAAAUACAAAAACACUUUCAGCUACCAAAUUGUAAGUCGAUAGCGGAAAUUAAGCAAAACUUGUGGAGAAAGCGAGAGUAUCGGGGCAAGUGAUAAAGAACCAGCAAACAGGACACUCCAGGAGUAAUCCAGCGAUAGACAGAGAGAGAGAGGGAAAACGAAGAACAGCGUGAAGCACACGGAACUGGACGCCCCUACCAAUCAAAAUGUUGACCCUUACGACGGUGCUCUGCUGCAUGAUGGGGCUAACAUUGUGCUACCAGCGGCAAUCUGUGAGCAACAACAACAAUCACAACAAUGUAGAUGCAAAACCAACACAUCUGCCGCCAUUACAUUAUCCGCAUGGCCACAAAUGGAAUGAGCCGUAUUUCGAUUUGACAAUGCCAAGGAACAUAACAUCCCUCGUGGGCAAAUCCGCAUAUCUGGGCUGCCGUGUCAAGCAUCUCGGCAACAAGACGGUCGCCUGGAUACGUCAUCGUGAUCUGCACAUACUCACCGUGGGCACAUAUACCUAUACAACGGAUCAGCGUUUCCAGACCUCCUAUCAUCGGGAUAUUGACGAGUGGACACUGCAAAUCAAAUGGGCCCAGCAGCGGGAUGCUGGCGUCUACGAAUGCCAAAUAUCGACGCAGCCGGUGCGCAGCUAUUCGGUCAACUUGAAUAUUGUGGACAUAAUUGAUGAGGAGACCAGCAGUCUGAUGCAGCAAUAUUACAACGACGAUGCCUUCUACAUAGCCGCGGAUCGGGUCUAUCAGUCCAGCGAUGACGAGUUUGCGGGCAUGUUUGGCCCCAUUCAGACAGUUGCGGUACCCACAGCAACGAUUCUCGGCGGACCCGAUCUCUAUGUGGACAAGGGCAGCACCAUAAAUCUAACAUGCAUCAUUAAGUUCAGCCCGGAGCCACCAACACACAUCUUCUGGUAUCAUCAGGAUAAGGUGCUCAGCGAGGAGACUGCGGGUGGUCGCUUGAAAUUUAAGACCAUUAAAUCGGAGGAGACCAAAUCAAUUUUGCUUAUCUACGAUGCGGAUUUAUUGCACUCUGGCAAAUACUCCUGCUAUCCAUCAAAUACAGAAAUUGCCAGCAUACGCGUCCACGUGCUACAGGGCGAGCGACCCGAAGCCAUGCAAACGAAUGCGGCACCAGCUGCUGCCGCUUUGGCCUGGGCUUGCCACACGAAACAGGCAACGCAGGCAGUCAAAGUAAUUAGCACAAUGGUUGCGGCAUUUGUAUUGUUGGAAGCCUGCUGCACGCUGCUGCUCCAGGGAACAGGCGGAGGAGGUGUAGGCGCUGGCGGUGGGGGAGGCUUAGUUGGAGGAGAAGAAAACAGAACACCACCGUUGCAGAGUCAAACGGCGCAGGCAGACAGGAACGGCAGCUGCCCUAACCGCGACCAUGGUGGCCAGCAGACGACGUCAACUUCGGCCAACCAUGUCAAUAAGAGGAGAACUACUGCGCGGUGAUAAAUUAAAGCUGUCUGGUUAGAAGCGCCACAGAAAUGCCACCGCCAAUGCGCCAGCCAAGCGACAGUAUGCAACUAAGUGGGUUGCCCACUGGAGGGCAAUCGAGAUAUGAAGCUUGGCUGUCGCGCGAAUGAUGCAAUGCAGCAGUAGCUGCACCGGCACCGGCCACUGGCAGCAGUUGCAAUGCAAAAUACUAAAACAAGAAAAGGUAAGCUAAUUACGCUAAUGAUGAGCUGUUGCAUAUGAUUCGUCAACUGCUGCUGGGCCGAUGCAGCAACUGCUUCUGAAAUACUCUCUAAGUUGUAAGUAAGUGCGUGUAUAAUUUAGUGGGCUGGGACUAGCUGACACGGGGACAGCUAUGUACAUAGUACUCUUACCUAAACUCAUAUGCCAGCACUAGAAACAUUAGUAAAAUAGAUAACAAAAAGUUUAGAGAAGCAAGAAAACUUAGAGGAAAACUUAAAUAAUGUAAAAUUCAUAUAUAUGCUACUAUCUAAUAAACGUAAUCAUUCAAACGAAAGCAAAUGGUCAGUUUUAGAACGUGUGGCAAUAAGCUAAUAUUCGAAAGGCCACACAAACUUAAUGCUAAUUUCGUUGUAUAUAUCGUCUGCUACGAGGACUUUGCGUGUGCAGUUUAUAAUCAGCAGUAGCUUAGACAAAUUUCAUGAUAAUCACUUGUAUAUAUUUAUAGACCUACAUAGUAAGCAAUGUAAAUAUUUACAAUAACUGCCCGUACCUAAUCAGGUGCAGUUGCAAAGCUAAAUAAUCCAUUUUAUUCAUCAAGUUUAUGUAUAUGAUUUGACAAUGUUCCUAUUACCAGGUUUGCAUUUCGAACGCUUUAUUUGUGAGUCUAGCUAAAUUUGUAUAGUCUAACAGCACAAAUUUAUUGGGCUUCACCUCUUCCAUCUUAAAUCAUAAAUUGUACUAGCUGAGUUUCUCCAUAGUUUGGCAACAUUGCAAAGCCGUUCGUUGGGCUAGUUCGGAAGGAUACAGAGCUCUUAUCUCUUUCCUCGAAAUGUCAUUCGACUGUCUAGAGUAUUCCAUAAGGUUUUCAGUAUGUGUGCACAGUCCCGAAACUCUGCAGCUUGUUUUAUUUGUGGCCACAACUUCAUCAUGUCCGGUUGUAUUUCCCAAGUAAGCUGCAAGUCACUUUGCCAAUGCCUGUCAACAAAAUAUUUGCAUUUAUAUUUGCCAAGCUGCCCGCUGAAGUCAAGUAGCGCCCAAGAAUUUAGUUUGUUUGAAAGCAUUUUGCCCAGUUUGCUGCCUGGAUCGAUGGCACUUGGUCGCGCAGGUACUUCUAUUCCCAGGAUAACGAUUCACGGCGCCUCCUAGAGGUCCUCCUGCGCUUGGCACCACUUAAUGUCUCCCAUUUAAAAAUGCAUGCGACUGUCCGCUUUAAUGGCCGGCCGACUAUUAAAUGUGAUGACCGUGCGCAAGGCAAGGGACUAGCUGGGCAUUAAACCGUUCAAAAUUGUAAAUAAAAUCGCAUAUAUGUAUUCGAAUAAAUAAAAGCUGCUUUAUUUAACUACAUGUUGUAGUAGUAUGUGUACUUUCCCAAAGAAAAACCAAUUGCUGUCAUAAAUAUUAAUAUUAAUAAUUAAAAAUUAUAAAUGCGCGUCAGUGAAAUUUGUCGCGACAUUUAAAGGAAUGUUUAAUGAGUGUAUGCAAAUGUUGCUAUAAACAUUAACGCAGAAGCGAGAAAGAAAGCCGAAAAUAUAAACA